GAGGUUCUUGAUUUUAUUUAUUUUUUAUUCUGGGUAUUGUUGUGUGUGGAGGAUGCUUCUUGUUAUGUGUGAUGGCCACUAAACAAUUGAUUUCUUUAUUAUAAUUUCUCCUGUAAUUUUGUCGAAUACCGGACUUUAUGUUUAUGAAUUGUUGAAGACGUGUACAGGAUGAGAACACCAACAACAAAGUAUGCCAGCAUAGUCAUGAUGCUGGAAGACAUUCUGCAAUUAUAUCGGAUUGAGUCCACAGUACUAGUACAACGUUACAUCAAGGCUCGUACGAAACGUGCGCGACGUAGGAUUGUAGAACAGGCCAGACAGUACAACAUUAUCAAUAAGGUUCCCAGGCAACUAGAUCACUUGGACAGACUCAUUCAUCUAACGGAUGUAGAUUGCAUAGAUAACCUACAAAUGGACCGCAACACAUUUGGAAAGUUGUGUCGUAUUCUGGCAGGUCUGGGGGGUUUACAAAUUGGUAAAUGCCUAGGGAUCGAAGAACAGGUUGCGAUAUUUGUUGGUGUUCUGGCGCAUCACACAAAAAAUCGGAUUGUUCGUUUUAGUUUUACGCGAUCUGGAUCCACGGUAUCCUAUUACGUUAAUAAAGUUUUAGGAGUCGUGCUUAGCCUUCAUGACAUAUUGUUUUCUAAGCCUACCCCGGUACCGGAGGACUGCAAUGACCAUAGAUGGAAAUGGUUCGAGGGUUGCCUAGGUGCUCUUGAUGGAACACACAUCAACGUCUUGGUCAACAACAGCGAUAAACCAUGGUAUCGCACGCGGAAAGGGUCUAUUGCCACCAAUGUGCUAGCUGUAUGCGACCGAGACAUGCAGUUCGUGUUUAUCCUACCCGGAUGGGAGGGGUCCGCGGGGGAUUCUCGUGUGCUAAGGGAUGCGGUGUCCAGACAGGAUAGCUUCAGAGUUCCCCAAGGUUGCUAUUAUUUAUGCGACAACGCAUAUGCUAACUGCAACGGCUUCUUAACUCCUUACAAAGGCGUACGCUAUCAUCUGAAGGAAUAGGGGGUUGGAGAUCAAACUCCACAAGAUCCCAAAGAACUGUUUAACAUGCGUCAUAGCAAGGCUAGGAAUGUUAUCGAACGAGCCUUUGCGGUGCUUAAGAUGCGUUGGGGGAUUUUGCGAAGUGCAUCAUUUUACCCAAUACAAACCCAGAUUAGAUUGAUCAUGGCUUGUUUCCUUCUACAUAAUUUCAUUCGGCGUGAGAUGAGUGUCGAUCCCUUAGAAGACGCCCUCGCGGGAGAUGCUUCUACAAACAUCCAUGAUGAUAAUCAUGUCGCACACCAAUACAUUGAUGUUGUGGAACCUUCGCAAGAGUGGACUGCACUGCGUGAUACCAUGGCCAUGAACAUGUGGAAUAGUAGAUAGAAUGAAAUUAGUAAUUUAUUAAUGCUUGUUAUGAACUUGUGGGAUUUAUGUACUACUACCAAUACCAGACUAUUUGAUGUGAUGCUUUUUCCAUUCUGUGUCGUUAUGCAUUUGUGUAUGGUCACGUACAAUACUGAGCUUGUUGCCUUUAUCUCAGCAAAUGUCGCAAUACAUUGGCAACACUGAUGGCAUUCCCGAGUGUGGAUGCGGAUCGGGGAAGAUGGACAUGCGUCGUGCAGGUAAAACUGCAAUGAAUGCUAGAAGGUAUUAUCUCAAAUGCCCCGCAAAUUUCAACCACCGUGGUUCAUUUAUCUGGUGUGAUGAGUAUAUCAGAGGUAUGCGAGCAAUGCCUACACUUGAUGACCGUGGAGACACUCUACAAUUUGGUAAGGAACGUGCACAUUUGGAUGUUGGGGAAGACGUUGCAAUCGGAUGUCGCCACUGCAGCGUCACUACCACAACACUUGAUGUGAAGACCCUCAUCUUAAUUGGUUUCUUGGGAUCCUCUUGCUUGUAUUUGGAAUUUUAAUAGGCAAGCUUAUGUAACAUGUCGCCAACUUUCACCUAACUGACUUCAGCCCUUUGGACAUCUUGUG